AGUUUAUAGAUAUUUGACGGGCGAGUUGAGGCGACAUUAUUACGAAAGCGAAAGAAGCGCAAUGGCCAACAGGUUUAGACAAUUUCGGUUGCUAUUAUGGAAGAACUUUCUGCUUCAGAAACGAAGACCGAUUGGUACAGCAUUUGAGAUCGGCAUACCCAUAGUCGUGAUGGCAAUUCUUAUUUUAAUUCCGUUGACAGCACCUAAAGCAGAGGAUAAAUGUUUUUCAACAUUUGAUUUAAGGGAUAUUGACUAUAAGUCAUUGAAAUAUCAAGGAGGGGAAGGGCGGAUAGCAUUCUACCCAGAAACUAAAACAGCAAUGGAGCUUAUGGCAAGACUAAAGAACAUUACUGAUUUGAAACCAGUCAGCCAAAGUGUUACAACUGGUAAAAAAUGGUCAUCUGGUGCGGACAUGGCAAUGGAGGUCUCUGAAAAUCGAGACAAGUACAUGGGAGCCAUUGAAUUUUACAUUGAUGAAAAGAAUAAAAUUCCCAAGAAAGUUCGAUAUGCCAUUCGCCUUGAGGGCUAUUGGUCAACGGACUCAACUUAUCCAGCUUUCACGUCUGAUGGACCUGUGACAUACAAUCAAUAUAGAGAUGGAAACUUCAUGAAAUUACAGUAUGCGAUGGAUAUGGCUAUCAUACAAUUGCAAACCCAAAGAAACGCUUCACAUCUUAUUCCAGUGGAAACGCAUCAAUUUCCUUUCCCAUCUUAUAAAACAAAUUUGGCCAUGGAUAUGAUUUCUCUUAUGAUGCCACUCUUAGUCAUGUUAGGCUUCAUGUAUUCAGCUAUGACGAUUAUCAAGGAACUAGUUUUGGAGAAACAGAAUCGUUUGAAAGAAUCAAUGAAGAUGAUGGGACUGGCUAACUGGAUCCACUGGUGUGCAUGGUUCAUUAAAAAUCUACUGUUCCUGCUCAUUUCUGUUGUCGUGAUGGUCAUUGUACUAAAGGUCCUGGUAUAUAAGUAUUCUGAUGCAAGUGUUAUCUUAAUUCUGUUCAUCCUCUACAUUAUUGCUAGCAUUUUAUUCUCCUUCUGUGUCAGCGUGUUCUUUUCCCGCCCUGUUCUUGGCAUGCUUCUGGGUGCCUUAAUUUGGAUUGCAACGUUGGUGCCAUAUUUUGUAAUUUUUGAGAACAAAAAGUACAGAGCUUUAACCAGAUCACAGAAGGCUGGGGCAUGCCUUUUACCCAACACCUGCAUGGGGAUUGCUGCUAAAUUAUUUGCACAAUUUGAGACUCAAAGAGUUGGAAUUUCAUGGAAAGAUGUAUCUGGUUUCCCUUCUCCUGACGAAAACUUCAAUAUGGCAUGGGUGUUUUACAUGCUCUUGGCACAAAGUGCAAUUUAUGCAACUGUCACUUGGUAUGUUGAAGCAGUGUUUCCUGGAGAGUUUGGAAUUCCCAAACCAUUUUAUUUCCCAUUCUUACUAUCCUAUUGGACAGGCCACCAUCAUCAGAAAAUUUGCGCUGUUAACCCACUAGAUAAGCGUGGGUGUCAGGAGAUGAACACAUUGGUGAUAACUGGGGCUGAUGAUGAUGGUGGGGUAAAAAGUUCUGAUGUUGAGGAGGAACCAGAGUUACCCAUAGGUGUAUCAAUCAAAGGCCUCAGGAAAGUUUUCAAGGGGUCCACUGGAUCCAAAGUUGCUGUGGAUGAACUUUCACUUAACAUUUUCAAAGGCCAGAUAACUGCUCUUCUGGGACACAAUGGAGCAGGAAAGACAACAACGAUAUCAAUGCUAACAGGCUUGUUCCCACCUUCCUCUGGCUCUGCGCACAUUGAUGGAAAGAGUAUUAUUACUGACAUGGAUGCUAUUCGAGACAGCCUGGGACUCUGCCCCCAACAUAAUGUACUGUUUGACCGUCUAACUGUAAAAGAACACCUUGACUUCUUUAUUAACUUAAAGGGCAAGUUUGGCCAAGAAGCCAGGCAGGAGGUGAGCCAGAUGAUAAGUGACAUCAAUCUUGUGGACAAGACCAACAGUCAGUCAUCCAAGCUAUCUGGAGGAAUGAAAAGGAAAUUAAGUUGUGCUAUAGCACUUAUUGGAGGCUCUGAAAUUGUCUUCUUGGAUGAGCCCACCUCAGGAAUGGACCCAUAUGCUAGAAGAGGGACAUGGGACCUUCUCUUGAAGCACAAAGCAGGAAGAACUAUUAUUCUGACCACACAUUUUAUGGAUGAAGCAGACUUACUUGGAGAUCGGAUUGCCAUAAUGGCUGAUGGACAAUUACGUUGUUGUGGUAGUUCUCUUUUUCUGAAGGGCAGGUAUGGUGUAGGAUAUCAUUUGACAUUAGUUAAAAAGGAAAGCUACGACCAAGAGGCGAUCACAAACCUUGUCAAGCGCCAUGUACCAACAGCAGAAAUAAUCAGUUGUGUUGGUGCAGAAAUCCAAUUUGUUCUCAGUAGUGAAAGUUCACAAAGCUUUGAGGCUCUCUUCUAUGAACUGGAAAAUAAACUGGAGGAAUAUGGAAUAACAAGUUUUGGCGUUUCUGUGACAACUCUAGAGGAGGUUUUCAUGAAAGUUGGAGAAGGUGCUGAGAAAACUCUACAGGACCUAGCUGUUGACCAAGAGCAUCUUGGGCAACAAUAUGCAUCAGCUUCAAAUCUCUUGGAGCCUGGGGCAGAGAAACAGGCAAUUGGAGAAUUAAAGACAGGUUUGAGCCUGAAGUGGCAGCAGUACAAGGCCAUGCUUAUUAAGAGAUUUCUGAACUCCAAACGUGAGAAAAAACUGGUUUUAACGCAGAUAAUUCUACCACUGUUGAUGGUGCUGCUUGGAUUGCUGCUCAUUAAGACUCUUCAGGAACCAAACACGGAUGAACCUCCACGUGUUUUAACGCUGUCCCAUCUUAGCAUUAAGGACGUUCCAAACACUGGGUUUUUUGCUGACUUCCGUUUGAACGCUUCUACCAGUGCAAAGAAAAAACUCUUUGAUGAAGCAAACAAAUAUCUGAAAGAAGUGAAGGUGGACUUGAAGGAUGUAGUCUCAGACGUGGAUGCCAUUAAGAAAGGUAACCAAGGAGACAACAUAUUGGUAAAAGGAGAAAAGUAUCUAUACAAAGAUGAAAGCCAGAAGGAAAAAUGCUGCAAUUACGAGUUCCUCAUUCUGAAUGCCAAGUGUCAGAAAGAUUUUAUUACAGGGAAGCUGUCUGCUGACUCUUGUAAAGAAAACGAAAACUUUGGUUAUAAUGUUUGUUCUGACUGCCUUCGAUCAAGUUCUACGCCAAGUAGCAGUACAGGCGGCUGUGUGAACACCUUGAGCUGUGAUCAGACCAAUCUGAAUGAGUCAAGCACUUUCUUUUUGGAAUAUGUGUUGGAAGAUAGCAACGAUGCUGAUUACUUCACCAAACAUGUCGUAGGGUUCACUUUUGUUUCAAGUAAAGAUGAUCCUGAUAAUGACGGAAAUAUGAAUACUACUUUGUGGUUCAGUAAUAGAGGCCUCCAUACGCUGCCAGCCUCUCUGAGUGCUCUGUUGAACUUUAUGCUUGCAUAUGAGAUGGGAGAUGACUCUUACUACAUUGAAACCGUAAAUCACCCACUGCCACUCACUCAAGAAGAACGGAAUCGGAGGAAUUCAGAUGACUUUAGUUCAUUCUUCCUGGCCAUACUUUUAGCUUUUGCUGUGGCUUUUCUCUGCGCCAGCUUUGUACCAUUUUUAGUCAAAGAGAGAAGCUCAAAGGCAAAACAUCUUCAGUUUGUGAGUGGAGUGGAUGCUGUUAGUUUUUGGCUGGCUACUUAUUCAUGGGAUUUCAUCAAUUAUUUGCUUCCUAUGGUUGGGAUAAUUAUAAUGUUUGCAGCCUUUCAAGUAGAUUCGUUGAAGAAUGAUUUGGGUGCUAUUGUUUUGUUACUGCUGCUCUUGGGAUUGUGUAUGCUGCCAUUUGUCUACCUGAUAUCAUUUAUGUUCAAGAACCCCCUCAUAGCCUAUGCCAUGACAGUUUUUCUUCUGUCCGUUGUGAGCCUGGCAUUUCUCAUCGCAGUAACCAUACUGAAAGGCAACGAGGAUACCAAAGAAAAAGCUGAUACAGUUCACUAUGUCAGCCUGUUCUUACCGACAUAUUCCCUGGCUGCUAGCAUCAUGGACAUCAGCCAAAACAAUCUUGUUAAGAAAUACUGCUCGCCAUCACCGUUCUUUCAGUGCCCUCCUACUAGUGCUACUCUAGGCUGGGACCGUCCUGGGGUGGGACAGGCUGCACUCUACAUGUUCCUUGAAGCUGUUGUUUUGUUUGUGUUCAUCAUUCUUGUUGAGAUGAAUUUUUUUAUUCGAGCAAAGAUAACGCUGUCUUCUGGAGAAUACAGCAAUCUCAGAAAACAAACCGAGGACGAAGAUGUGUUUAAUGAACGCAUGCGCGUUAACAACGAAAGUAGCAGUGAGAUUCAAUCUGAGGCUGUAGUGUUGAAAGACUUAACAAAGGUGUACCGUGGUGCCCACGUCACGGCAGUUGAUCACCUUUGUCUUGGAAUUCCUCGCGGAGAGUGUUUUGGGCUUCUUGGUAUUAAUGGUGCUGGGAAGACCACAACAUUCAGUAUGUUGACAGGAGAUCUGAGCAUCACUGAAGGGACUGCCUUCCUGGAUGGAUUCAACAUUCAGACACAUUUAAAGGAGGUUCAGCAAAGAAUUGGCUAUUGCCCUCAGUUUGAUGCUCUGCUUGAACGUUUAACCGGCCGUGAAAUGCUUACAAUGUAUGCUCGGCUUCGUGGAGUCCCUGAAUACAAAAUAAAGGAUAUAGUAACAGAUGCUAUUAACCUUCUUAAUCUGGCAAAGUGGGCUGAUUCCCUGUGUGGAAACUACAGUGGUGGCAACAAAAGAAAGCUGAGUACAGCCAUUGCCCUGGUUGGUAACCCGCCUAUUGUGUUCUUGGAUGAACCCACUACUGGCAUGGACCCAGUUGCUCGCCGUUUCUUGUGGAAUACUCUGACCGGGGUAAUGAAAGGAGGCCGCUCAAUUGUCCUCACAUCUCACAGCAUGGAAGAGUGCGAGGCUCUGUGUACAAGACUGGCGAUCAUGGUAAAUGGACAGUUUAAAUGUUUGGGAUCUACUCAGCAUCUCAAGAGCAGAUUUGGAACUGGAUACACCCUUAUGGUGAAGGUUGGUAGAGAAACCGUACCUGCGGAAGGUCAAGUCCAAGUAUUAGCCACAGAGACCAGUGGUAAUGUUCAACCAGUCAUGCCAGGUCCUCCAGCUCAGGUUCCUCUCCAGCCCCUGGUCUACUCAAAUCAAAUUGUUGAACAGGUCGAUGCUGACUCCAUAGGAAUGGAGUCUGUGAUGCAGUUUGUUACAUCCACCUUUACCGGAGCAAAGCUUAUGGACCAUCACAGUGGAAUUCUUCAUUACCAAAUCAACACAGAAGGUUUGAGUUGGUCUUACAUCUUUGGUCAGCUGGAGAGAAACAGAGCCGCUCUGAAUAUUGUGGACUACAGUGUCAGUCAAACCACACUUGAGCAGGUGUUUAUCAACUUUGCUAAAGAGCAGCAUGCUGAAGACCGCAGUGUAAUGAAGAAAAAGCGCUUUUGUUUUAAAUGCUGUUGAACAGAUCUUCCGGAUAUGAUUCAGUUGAAACACAAGUCAGGGAAUUUACUAUCUGGUCAGAGAAUAUCUAACUUUCUUGUCUAAGCCAGAAACUGUUAGGUUGCUGCAUUGUUCGAUCAGUGAAAGGUCAAGACACUUCAGUUUAAUAUAACUUCGUAAAGCUUCGGCUCAUCCGUUUGCCAUACAAAUGUAUUGGACAAAACAGUAUUAUAAUUCUCAGUUUCAACCUGUAGCUGUAAAUUUAGUAUGAUCUAAAUGUAGAUGUCGAUAGCAGUUUGAAGUUACUCGAGCCCACGAAGAUGUCGCUGUAACUGUAGCUCUGACUCUGGCUCUGGUUCUAGAUGUAGAUGAUAGUAAGUAAGAAAAGGUCUAUUUAAUGGCUAGCCCGAACUACCUUAAAAACACUAAUAAACCAGUGCCUUUUCUAGCAUUAAACACAAGGUAAGAAAUAGUAUAGCAAUGUCACUAUAUAAUGUAAGCAAAUUAAAGAUUUGAAUGUGCGUAUAAUUAUGAUACAGAGUAUAAUGAUUUAAAAGCUGUUGAUCUUAAAAAAUACUUUUCCAAAGAAAAUUUUAAACGCAUCGCGUGUGCUUUAAGAAGACGAAAUAGGAAGUAGAAAAAUAAGAACAGAUCGUGAUAUAUUAAAUUAGUUUAAUAAUAUUUUUAUUACUAAUAAGUUUAAUAGUAAGGAAAUUUAUAACCUAGUUAAAAGAGAAAUUGAAAAAAGAAAAAAACUUAAAAUUAGCAAACACUGGCUAUAGAUUUUUGUGAUUUCGUGUAUUUGAUUGGAUGUGCCAUCUUUUGACUAUUCGCGGAUAGUCACGACUCGAGCUUUUGUUAUACUCUGGACUAUAUUUUAAGUUAACAAAAGCAACAUAAUGUUUUAAGAUAUGUAUUUUGGUGCUACAUUGGAACCAGGAUAGUUCUCUUAAAGCAAUCAGAUCACAGUUUCUUUUCUCGGUGAGUGAUGAUCAUUACAGCUUGACAAUAGCAAUAGCAACAGCGCGAACCCGCAGGUAGCCUGGGCCAAUCUAGGCGGGCCACGUCUCUAUUUAUAUUAGACCAUUAAUACAUAAAUAAGAUUGUUAUGCAACUACUUAUAAAAGAAUUUACAAAACCGUUUAAUACAAGUACAUUUACAUAUUUUGAUUGACACUAGGAGCUAUGAUUUACUGGAGAUAAACUAAACUGUGGGUUGAAAUUAAUCAGGAACUGAAUUUAAGAACUUCAGUCAGGGUGUCGACUUCAACAUAGUCAUCCCUAUCUGAAAGAGUCUCAAAUAAAGAGCUUUGCCUCCUUUGCUACAGUCAUCGGUCGUUAUUUUAGGAAUUGUGAGCAGUUUUCUGUUGCCACGUGAAAACGCAUUUGAUGCUUGCUCUUGAUUCGAAAGUAGCGACCUCAAAUACAAGUUAAUUUGUGAUACAAAAAAAAUGGAUAUGAUAGAUCUAAGCUGAAGCAAAGUGAUCUGAUAGCUUUAGAUGGGCUGUUAUCUCAAAGGGAAUAUAUUACCCUGUUUGAUGUAAUAUAAUUUCUAUUCAACACUAUUUAAUCCUUUUCAACUAGCUACAAAUUCGUUACAUAAUUGUUUUACAUAGAUGAUCAUUUAAUUAAGUCCACAUGUGGCACGUGUAGUAGUUACCCGAAAGUAAUAAUGAAUAAUGAUUCGAAUUUAUGAUGCGUUAAUACAGAUAACUAGGAUGAACUAGUGCAUAACAAUUAAAAUUAAAUAAAACAAAUAAAAGAUACAUCUUUGAUGCUA